UAGGACACUAAUCUUCCCCAUAAAAGCACAACAAAGUUUGAAGCGCGGCUAACGCAACAACCGCUUCGCCCGCUGGCCCGUUAAUCGCCGCUUGGGCAUCCGAAGAGCCGUCCGUCCUUGCAGUGAUGGAGUCCAUGGUUUUGGGCUCGCCCGUCCACUCGCCCCUCUCGCCACCCGAAUUCCCGCGCACUCCUUUGGCUGGCGAGAGUUACGCCUAUGGGCGCCAAACCAGCUUGAAUCUCCACUCGGGGUUUCAGGGCAGUGGCGGGGGCGGGAUGAUGCCCACGCCCACGCCUCAGCAUAACGCUUCGAUGGGCGCUUCUGGCUAUUUACCCGGAUAUCUCAUGGGCGAUCCGAAUCAGCAGAGCUCUGGCCGCAUGAUCUCUCCGUCCAAGAUGAAUCGCUCGCUCUCGCAUCAUCACGGCCAACAGCACACUUCAACCCCGCAGACGCCCGGCCCCUCGGCGGCUUCUCAUUUGACCUUUCAUGGCGAAGCGGGCAAUCGCUCGGUCUUGGGCUCGACUCUGGCGGGCGAUGGCGCCGCAAGCACGCCCGCUCGAAAUGGCGGCUUCCUCACGCCCAACGCGAGUUAUAUUCGCACGCCCUCGGCUGAGAAGCCGGGAGGUCCACCCACGCGGAGUUUGUUUAGCUCGAUGCACACGCCCAAUAGUAAAGCUCGAGGUACACCCAUGCCCCACACGCCUCAAUUGAGCUUUGGUGGUACACCUCAGCACAAUAACCAAUCCAUCCGAGAGGAGGUUCUCAAUAGUUCUAGUUACGUUCAGGAGGGUGUGGGCAAUUGGGUGACCGUGUUCGGUUUCCCUCCUUCAGCUUCGGGUUAUGUGCUGUCCCAGUUUUCUCAGUGUGGCACGGUUCUUCAGCAUCAAAUGCCGCCCAAUGGAAACUGGAUGCAUAUCAAGUUUCAGACCAAAUUGCAAGCUCAAAAGGCUCUGACCAAGAAUAACAAGAUCCUGGGCGGAAGCAUCAUGAUAGGUGUGUCCCCAUGCACUGAUGCCAACGUAGAGGAGGCCGCCAACACCUCUUGUCUCUUUAAUCAGAGCCUGAACGCCCAUCAACCCGCUGAAAAUUCCAUGGUGACCAAUCUGAAUUCCAGUUUGGGUGGAACACAACUCAACCGAUCCAUUCGACCCUUGGCACAGGCCUAUAAAUCGGCCAACAAUGACUUGGAGAUCUCUGGCACGGCUGGCACACCCAAUCGAAGUUCUGGCAUAGUGGGCAAAGCCAUGGAGUAUAUUUUCGGUUGGUAAAACCCGUCGCGGGUUUUUGUAGGUGAAAAUAUUUUCCAUUGGACGAAAUACAGACAUGCCACAUUUUGGAUUGAACAGAAAUUGGUGGCAUUUUAUUGAUGAGUCAAGUGCAAGAAUGGAUGUACAAAAAGCCGUAAAAGAAGAGGUUAUAUUCCCUA